CUCUCUGGAAAAGCUCGUUUCCUCCCUCCCUGGAUUUCACUCCUCCAAUCCCUCUUUCCAUCCAUCAACAACAAACAAAAUGCCGCACUCAACACCAAACCUUCCAGUCCCACACUCAACGCCGCCGCCGCCGUCUCUCUCAUCUCCCUCCGCCACAACCAGCACCACCGGCAGCAGCAGCGCCGCCAGCAGCGAUUCGGACGAAAGCCCAUCCCCGUCGCGUAGACACAACUUCCAAGACCUCCAUCCCCACAUUCCAAGAACCCCCGUUUCGGGCCCCCAAUCCCCCAAGCCCCUAGCGGUUCUCUCGGGCCACGUGGGCGCCGUCUCCUGCAUAGCCCUGUGCGGAGAAUUCAUCCUCAGCGCUUCCCAGGGCCAAGACAUCAUCGUAUGGCAACACCCAAAUCUCCGCCAAUUCACCAAAUUCGGACAGGGAGACGGCUCAGUCAAGGCCCUGUUAACCCUCGGAAACAAAGUCUUCACGGCUCACCAAGACAGCAGAAUCCGGGUCUGGAAAGUUUCUAGAAACUCCGAGAAUGUUUUCCGCCUCGUCGAUUCCCUCCCCACCACAAAAGACUACCUCCGAAAAUUCUUAAAACAGAGUAACUACGUCCAAACCAGACGCCACCACAAGAAGCUCUGGAUACAACAUUCCGACACUAUCUCCUGUUUGGCCGUCACAAAUGGGAACAUCUACUCAGGCUCAUGGGACAAGACUCUCAAGGUGUGGAGAAUCUCAGAUUUCAAAUGUUUGGAGUCGAUUAAAGCUCACGACGAUGCGAUUAAUGGAUUGGUUACAAGCAAGGGAAUGGUUUACUCAUCUUCUGCGGAUGGGAAGAUUAAAGUGUGGGGGAAAGAAGGGAAAAAAAAGCAUUCUUUGAAGGGGGUUUUGGAGGGGCACAGAGGGGUUUCUAUGAAUGGGGUUGUGGUUUCUGGGGAUGGGGGUUUGGUUUAUGGGGCAGGGUCUGAUGGGUAUGUGAUGGGGUGGAUGAGGAAUGGGGAUUUAGAGGAUUGGGAAAUGGUUUGUGAGGUGAAAGCUCAUGAAAUGGCUGUUUUGUCCCUGUGUGUAAUGGGGGGUUUUUUGUGUAGUGGGUCUGCUGAUAAGAGUAUUAGGGUUUGGAAGAUGGGAAUCAAUGGGGGAUUGGUUAAAGUUGGGGUUAUAAAUGGGCAUGAAGGGGGUGUCAGAUGUUUGCAGGCUUCUCCAGUUUAUGUUGGGGGUGGGUUUAUGGUGUACAGUGGGAGUCUUGAUAGAAGCCUCAGAGUUUGGUGGGUUCCAAACUAUGAUACAUCACAGAAAUCUCAGGUGAUUCAAAGUACAGAUCAGUUGAAUACUAAGUUCUUGUUGUCCUAGGAUGUUUUUUGAGGUUGUCAGUGAAUGAAGAUCAGAAGCAUUUAUGACUAUUUAUCCCUUUUUUUUUUCCUGAGGUUUGCAGUCCUUUUGACAUCAUUAUAUUCUUCUUUUGGUUCUUUCUCAAUUUUUUGAUAGCAUUGAAAGGUUUGCUGGGAUUUUUAGGAGGUGGAAAGGCAAACAUAUUGUAGUUUUAAUCUUUGUGAUUUCAGACAUAGCAGAGGGGGGUAAAGAAAAUUUAUGUCUUCAUCCUUCAUAUGUGUGAUAAUUUGUUUAUAUCCUUUGUAUUGUAAGUAGAUCUGAGUGAUUAACAUUAAUGAAUAUCUUAUUUCUUGUUUUCUUCUCCUCAA